AUGAGUCUCCCUGAAGCACCUCAUCCUGUUCAGGACCAAGUAUACAAUGACUCAACCGAUAUGGAGAAGAAGGCCUACCCGGUAGAGCCCAAUGAUGAUCCCUUUGGAAAUGAAGAAUCUGGGGAAGUGAAGUAUCGCAUUAUGCCAUGGUGGCAAGCUGGAACCCUGAUGGUCGCUGAAAACAUCUCGCUUGGUAUUCUAUCUCUUCCGUCUGCGGUAGCAACUCUCGGAAUUGUCCCGGCAUUUGUCAUCAUUAUGUUUUUGUCCGGCAUCUCCUGGUACACUGGAUAUACCAUGGGCCAGUUCAAGAAGCGUUUCCCGCAGGUACACAGCAUGGGUGAUGCCGGCGAGCUUCUUCUCGGCCCCAUCGGACGCGAGAUUUUCUUCGUCGGCCAGCUCCUGUUCAUCAUCUUCUUGAUGGCCAGUCACAUUCUCACCUUCUCCGUGUUGUUCAACACCAUCACGAACCACGGUACCUGCACUAUUGUCUUCGGAGUUGUCGGUUUGGUCGUCAGCUGUCUGGCCGCCCUCCCGCGUACAGCAGAGAAGGUCUUCUGGAUGUCCAUCAUCUCCGCCAUCAGUAUCCUGGUAGCUACCGUCGUCACGAUGGUUGCCAUCGGUGUCCAGGCCCCCGAUAAUGUCCAAAACGAUAUCGUCACGACCCCGACCUUCCAGGAUGCUUUCUUGGCCGUCACCAACAUCGUCUUCGCCUUCGUUGCCCACGUCUCUUUCUUCGGUAUCAUGUCGGAAAUGCAGGAUCCCGCCGAUUUCCCCAAGGCCCUCGCUAUGCUGCAGGUUAUCGAUACUACUAUGUACGUCGUGACUGCUAUGGUCAUCUACUGCUAUGCCGGCCCGACUGUCGCGUCCCCGGCUCUGUCUUCCGCUGGACCUAUGAUGAAGAAGGUUGCCUACGGUCUUGCCAUCCCAACGGUCAUUGUUGCCGGUGUUGUUUUCGGCCACGUUGCUUGCAAGUAUAUCUAUGUUCGAAUCUUCCGCGGCGAGCGUUCGCACCACAUGCACCAGAAGACUUUCUUGGCUACGGGUACAUGGGUCGCUAUCGGUCUGAGUACCUGGACCGUCGCGUGGAUCAUCGCCGAGUCCAUUCCUGUGUUCAACGAGUUGUUGAGUCUGAUUAGUUCCCUAUUUGGAAGCUGGUUCAGCUACGGCCUCCCUGCCAUUUUCUGGCUCUACAUGAACUGGGGACACUGGUUCUCAUCGACUGGAAAGAUCGUCCUGACUAUUGUCAACAUGAUCAUACUUGGAAUUGCUUUUGCUAUUUGCGGAUUGGGACUCUACGUCUCGGGCUUGGCUAUCAACGAGAGCUCGUCCAAGGCUAGCUGGACUUGUGCCAACAACGCCACCUAA